UAAAGCUGUGUUACAGUGCAACGCUCCCUACUGUACCUUCGUCUUCAACCUCUUCCCUAGGGUUUAACGUUCAAAAUUUCUGCAACUCAAUCGAAAAUGACGUCUCCCAACCACCUCGAUGACGACGAUGAUUUUGGUGGUGAUUUUUCCUCAAAGCGUUCAGGGGCUAAGAGAAGCUUCACGGAUCUCGACGAUGAUGAAGAUGAUUUUUUUGGCUCCAAGAAGGGUAAAUUGAAAGCAGAAGAAACUGCACCAGGUGUUGCAACGGGAAUGAUCUUGUCUCUUCGCGAAAGCUUGCAGAAUUGUAAGGAUGCUCUUGCAAUGUGCCAGGCAGAUCUUGAAACUGCCAAGUCUGAGAUCCAAAAGUGGCAUUCUGCAUUCCGGAAUGAGUCAUUUGUACAACCAGGCACAACCCCAGAGCCAAAGAUAGUAAUAAGUUAUCUCCAGAACCUGAGAUCCUCUGAGGAGUCUCUGAGGGAGCAGCUGGAAAAAGCAAAGAAGAAAGAAGCUGCAUUUAUUGUAACAUUUGCAAAACGUGAGCAGGAGAUAGCUGAGCUGAAGUCAGCUGUUAGGGAUUUGAGAGCUCAACAAAAGCCACCAUCAAUGCAGGCAAGGAAGUUACUCUUAGACCCGGCAAUACAUGAAGAAUUCACACGAUUGAAGAAUUUGGUAGAGGAGAAGGAUAAAAAGGUGAAAGAAUUGCAAGACAAUGUUGCAGCAGUCAAUUUUACCCCACAGAGCAAGAUGGGAAAGAUGUUGAUGGCCAAGUGCCGGACUUUGCAGGAGGAAAAUGAGGAGAUUGGGAACCAAGCUAAUGAAGGAAAGAUACAUGAAUUAUCAAUGAAACUUGCUCUGCAGAAAUCUCAAAAUGCAGAACUCAAAAGUCAAUUUGAAGGGUUAUGCAAGCAAAUGGAUGGAUUCACCAAUGAUGUGGAUAGAUCAAAUGAAAUGGUGCUUUUGUUGCAAGAGAAGCUUGAAGAGAGGGAUGAUGAGAUUACUAGGCUGAAGCAGGAACUGCAGCAGAGAAGCAUCAUGGACAUUGAGAAGACUGAAUUACCUGUUGAUGAGAAUCCCGGUGAUGAGUGAAUGCUGUCAGGCGAUGCAGAGACUUAGAAAUAUUAGUCUGGCUUUAUUCUUUAGAUAUUGCUUUUUCCUUGUAUGUAGUUUGUACGUUAAUUUGAUUUUUAAUCUUUAUCUGGUCAAAAGAUUUCCGAACUUAGUCCUCCCCUUAGCGUUUGAAAAAAAAAAAGAGAAUAUUUACCCAAGUAGGAUCAGAUCAAGAGAGAGAUUUUGGAUGCCAAGAAUCGCUUGGUAUCAGAGGGAUGAAAUUAGAUUGAUGUUGUAGUUGCGGCUUUUGUUCGAUAACGUGUGGUGUGAAGGAAUCGGGUUUUUUUUGGUUUCUGAAACAAGAUGCGUGCCAACGUGGCCAGAAUGAUAACAUCGUGUACGUAGAAUUUCUAGCAGUUCACUGGCUCCGCACAUUUUUU